AUGAUUAGCAGAGCGGCGAGAGUGAGCAGAGUAGCUCGCAGUGGAGCGCUCAGUGGAGUACUUAGAGCCACCGUAUCUCAGAUGCGCAUUGGCACACCUGGCGCUAUGCCUGCUGCUGCCACCCCAUCACAUAUACUCAGAUGGGCUUCUUCUGCGCCAACAUCAAACCAACCACCGCCAGAAGCUGUAGAGUUGACUGAUAUCGAUCUAGCCAGAUUGCGCAAACAGCGCAACAUCGGUAUAUCCGCUCACAUUGAUUCUGGAAAAACAACACUCACAGAGCGCGUGCUUUACUACACUGGCAGAGUAAAGGAUAUCCACGAGGUCAGAGGAAGAGACGGCGUUGGUGCCAAAAUGGAUCAUAUGGAGCUGGAACGAGAGAAGGGAAUUACUAUUCAAUCGGCUGCCACAUUCUGUGAUUGGGAAGCUACUCCACCCGCUCUUGAAAGAUCUCUUACUGGUGAAAAAGACGGUAUGGGCGAGGGAGGCGAGAAGGAGCGCUACGCUAUUAAUAUCAUUGAUACGCCCGGACACGUCGAUUUCACUAUAGAGGUUGAAAGAGCAUUACGAGUACUCGAUGGCGCAGUAUUGGUUCUGUGUGCAGUCUCAGGUGUCCAAUCGCAGACUAUCACCGUCGACAGACAGAUGAAGCGCUACAAUGUCCCUCGUGUCUGUUUUAUCAACAAGAUGGACAGAGCAGGAGCGAAUCCAUGGAGAGUGAUUGACCAAAUCAGACAGAAACUCAGAUUGAACGCUGCAGCUGUGCAGGUACCAAUUGGAGCAGAGGACAAUCUGAGAGGAGUUGUUGAUCUUGUGAGAUGGAAGGCUAUCUACAACCACGGAUACAAGGGUGUGGAUGUCGUCGAGACUGAUGAGAUCCCAGCUGAUCUCAAGCAGUUCGCCGAGCAAAAGAGACAAGAACUCGUUGAGCAAAUUUGUGACGCAGACGAGGUUCUUGGAGACAAACUCAUUAUGGAGGAGCCUAUCAGUAACCACGACCUCGCUGCUGGUAUACGUAGAGCGGCAAUCACGCGUAAAUUCACACCCGUAUAUGUCGGCAGUGCAUUCAAGAACGUAGGUGUUCAGCCUGUGCUUGACGGUGUCUGUGCAUACCUGCCCGAUCCAUCCGAGGUCGCUGUCGAAGCGACUGAUACUAAGCUGCCAGUCAACAGUCCACCCGUCCAAGUCAUACCAGCAUCUGACGUUGCACUCGUCGGUCUCGCUUUCAAGCUCGAAGAAGGCAGAUUCGGUCAAUUGACAUAUAUGAGAGUCUACCAGGGUGUCUUGAAGAGAGGCGGCGUCAUCUUCAAUGCUCGCACGGGCAAGAAGGUUAAAGUACCAAGGCUGGUGAGAAUGCAUAGUAACGAUAUGGAGGAUGUCGACUCAAUCGGUGCUGGUGAAAUUUGCGCUAUGUUCGGUGUAGAGUGUAGCUCAGGUGACACUUUCACUGAUGGCACUACUUCAUACACAAUGACCAACAUGUUCGUACCAGAUCCUGUCGUGUCGUUGUCCAUCAAACCAAGUGGACAGGAGACGCCAAAUUUCAGUAAGGCUUUAAACAGAUUCCAGAAGGAGGAUCCGACAUUUAGAGUGCACGUUGAUAGCGAGUCGCAAGAGACAAUUAUCAGCGGAAUGGGUGAGCUACACUUGGAUAUUUAUGUCGAAAGAAUGAGAAGAGAGUACAGAGUCGACUGCCAAGUGGGUAAACCUCAGGUAGCAUUCAGGGAGACCAUCACGCAGUCAUCAGAGUUCGCAUACACGCACAAGAAACAAUCGGGUGGUGCUGGACAAUUCGGUAAGAUGAUUGGUAGGUUAGAGCCAAUGAGUGUGGAUGAGAAUGGCAAAGACGUUGGAUUUGAGAAUAGAGUUACUGGUGGUAACAUACCUAACAACUACAUGCCUUCAAUUGAGAAGGGAUUCCACGACGCUCUGGCUAAAGGUGCAUUAUCUGGACAUAACACGACAGGAGUGAAGAUGAUUGUCGAAGAUGGUGCUCACCAUCCUGUGGAUUCGUCUGAAAUGGCAUUCAGGAUCACCUCAGCUGGAGCGUUCAGAGACGCGUUCCAUAAAGCAUCACCAGUGAUUCUUGAGCCGAUCAUGAAGGUGGAGAUAGUAGCUCCAAUAGAGUUCCAAGGAUCGGUUAUUGGCGGGAUCAAUCAAAGAAGAGGUACUAUCAUAGACACAGAGAUUAGAGAUGAAGAAUUUACACUCAUCUGUGAAGUAGCUCUGAACGAUAUGUUUGGGUACUCGUCGAAUAUCAGAGGUCUCACUCAAGGCAAAGGGGAGUUCUCAAUGGAGUACAAGGACCACCAGCCAGUCUUACCAAACAUCCAAAUGAAGAUGGUUGAAGAUUAUAGGAAGAAGCAAGCAGAGAAGAAGUAG